AUGGCUGCAUCGGAAGAAGGCUCCGGUUGUUUUCUCCCCCGAGGCAGGUCGCAGAGUGACCCCAGCAUCCUCGGUGACAGCAUCGCCGGCCCCGCAGCUGGAGAGCGCCAAGAGGACAUGGAUCAGUCCCCUGCAGUGCGAUCCGAAUAUCUGGUCUCAGGGAUUCGAACUCCUCCCGUCCGAAGGAACAGCAAGCUUGCAACGCUGGGCAGGAUUUUCAAACCAUGGAAAUGGAGGAAAAAGAAAAAUGAGAAACUAAAGCAGACGUCAGCAGUGUUAGAGAAGAAGACAGCUGCCAGGCAAGGUCGGGACGAGCUAAUUAAGAAAGGCCUCCUGGAAAUUAUGGAAAAAGAUUCUGAAGUCAAAGCAUGCCCUGCUGACGGUGCCACCAGAGCAAUGCUGAGUGACCCUUCAUCCCCCUCAUGCCAGGCACUUACCUCAGAAGAGACGCAGCAGGAGCGUAGAUCAGCCACAGCCAAUGCCACCUCUCUUGGCGAGAAGCUGCAUUUGGAAGAGCUGAGAGAAGAUCCAGCCAAGAAGACGUCUGCUUCCCCAGACGAGCGAGAAAAUGCCAGCCUGCCAGCUUCCGAAGAGAAUCCACAAGCCUUACUUCUUUCUGAAUCCACAGAACCGCCCCAGAACCAGAUGGAAAGGAACCCCGCACAGCUCCCUAGCCCUCCUCCAUCGCUUCCAAUACCACCACCUAAGACUGUACCCAAAGUCUCAAAGAUUGUACCAGCAGGAAGUGAAGUAGAUGAGCCAGCCUUGAAAUCCCCUCCAUCCACCAUCUUGAAGAAUUAUGUCAUGGUUGGUUCCUCCCAACUCUCAGGACAAGCUGCUCCCUUCCAGCCCUCAGGCCAGAAAGUCUCCGAUCCCCACCUCAGAGGACAGCAUACGACGCCAACCGGCUCUCCUCACCUAGCUGCCGUCCACCUGCCUUUACCUCCCAGCCGAGUCAUCGAGGAACUUCACAGAGCUCUUGCCACCAAACAUCGGCAGGAUAGCUUUCACGGAAGGGAAAACAAAGGCUCUCCCAAAAAGCGAGUGGAUGUCCGCCCAUCGAGAACAUCCAGCAUAGAGCACAGCAAAGAGAAGGACACUUCGGUGAGCUACAGCAGUGAUCCAGAGAACAAGCGGAAUUCUGCAAAGGAGUCUGAUGAGAACAAAGAGAACCUGAUAAUGAACUCUGAAAUCAAGGAUGACUCUGUUUUUUAUCAGGAUGAAGAGGUUUUGAAUGACUCUAUAAUUUCUGGUACUUUGCCAAGAAAAUGCAAGAAAGAGUUGCUGGCAGUGAAAUUGCGGAACAGGCCAAGCAAACAGGAGCUGGAAGAUAGGAACAUUUUCCCAAGGAGAACUGAUGAAGAGAGACAGGAAAUCCGCCAGCAAAUUGAAAUGAAACUCUCCAAGAGACUGAGCCAAAGACCUGCUGUCGAGGAGCUAGAAAGAAGAAACAUUUUGAAACAAAGAAAUGACCAAACAGAACAGGAGGAAAGGAGAGAGAUAAAGCAGAGGCUGACCAGAAAGCUUAAUCAAAGGCCCACAGUUGAUGAACUAAGAGACAGAAAAAUCCUAAUACGAUUCAGUGAUUAUGUGGAAGUGGCAAAAGCACAGGAUUAUGACAGAAGAGCAGACAAGCCAUGGACACGGCUUUCGGCAGCAGACAAGGCAGCAAUUCGCAAAGAGCUAAACGAGUACAAAAGUAAUGAAAUGGAGGUGCAUGCAUCAAGCAAGCAUUUAACAAGAUUCCACAGGCCAUAGAGAUUUUCUUCUGAGAAGAAUUUGUCUACUUUUUUUGAUACCACUACUGAACGUGCAUUGGGGAAAGUACGAAGGUCUUUCCUUGAGGUUCAAUCUGUGACAAGUUGAUGUUUAAUGUGCAAGAAGGACUCUGCAGAUGAAAUCUCUGCAGCACACAUACUGAACGAGGAGGACCUACCAGAGGACGGCUUGCACCAGGGAGCUGAAACACCUGCGGGUUGGGAGGAUUCGUUGGGGGGAAAAAUGACCAGCAUCGAGCUGAUCAAAAGGAAACCUCUGCUGUCCUUGACUACAUGUUUUAAACUGUAUUGCGACAUAUCUUGGGAACGGAGAUGAUGUGCAUGUACAGGCUUGACCAUUCCAAGGCCUCUGACAUAACGGACAUGGCACACCAUCAUUCAGUAUUAUCAUGGUGACAAGACAUUUGGAACUUAUCACAAUUAAUUUGUAUAAAAAAAAAAACAGCACUUACGUUUCAUGUUCUACAAAAUGAUUUACUAUAUUAUUUCGUUCCUUUUUUUAUAUAUAAUGUCUAACAAAAACACAGCUGCGGCAUUUUUUUUCUGACUCCUGUUUAUUUCCCCCCUCCCCUUUUAAUUAAAUGAUUACUUACUGCAGAAAACAAA